AUGUAUUUGAUUACUAUCUUUUUUUUGUUGACUACUAUUUGUAAAGAAGUAUCCCCCUUCUGCCCUUCCCAAUGUACCUGCAUUUUCCACGGUAGAAGUGAUGGCACCGGGACUAGGUCCAUAUUAUGCAAUGACCCAGAUAUGUCUGAGAUCCCUGUCAAUGUGCCAGUGGACACUGUUAAACUUCGAGUAGAGAAGACUGUUGUCCGACGACUUCCACGUGAAGCGUUUUAUUACCUUGUUGAUUUAAGAUAUCUUUGGUUAACAUAUAAUGCCAUCAACACCAUAGAUCCUCGUAGCUUUUACAAUUUAAAAGAACUCCAUGAAUUGCGCCUCGAUGGAAAUAUGCUGUCUACUUUUCCCUGGGAUUCACUGCAGGAAACGCCAAACCUUCGAACCCUUGACCUGCACAACAACAGGCUGUCAAGUAUUCCUGCAAAUGCAGCUCAAUACCUCAGGAAUAUAACCAACAUCGAUAUUUCCAGCAACAAACUGACCACACUGCCAUCUGACUUGUUGGACCUCUGGCCAGCUUACUCAACACACCAAAUGUUUGACAAAGGUCCAAUACAGAGAGUGAUCCUAGGUUUCCAAGACAAUCCAUGGUUCUGUGACUGUAGAAUAUCAAAGUUAAUUGAACUUUCUAAGUCAGAAGAAACAUUAGUCAUUCUCAUGGAUCCUCUGGUGACAUGCAGUGGGCCUGAUGACAUUGCAGGUCUUUUAUUCCAGCGGGUUGAGCUUGAACAGUGUCUCAAACCAUCAGUCAUGACUUCAGCAACCAAAAUUACAUCACCACUUGGAAGCAAUGUUCUACUCCGUUGUGACUCAACUGGAUAUCCCACCCCAUUUCUCAUCUGGUUCAGGGCAGAUGGCUUACCAGUUAAUAAUACAGUCAUACAAGAAUCACCAGCAGAUGGGAUCCGAUGGUCGAUAAUAAGUUUGACGGGAAUUUCCUACAAGGAUGCUGGUGAAUACAGAUGUAGAGCAAAAAAUUUGGCUGGAACUUCAGAAGCAUCCAUCACUCUCACUGUUGUAGGAACCGUCACCACAGCUGCCCCACAAAGGAGGAACUUUAUAAGGAAACAGACUGUAGAGAAAAAUAAUUCAACUCAAACGAGCGUGGAGGAACAAAUGGGAAGUUUAACAACUGAAGCAUCAUCAUCCACCCCCACCACAACAGCGACUAAGAAAAAAGUCACUUCUGUUGACCAAGCCAAGGCUAUGGCAGAUGAAAAGAAGCUUAGUAAGGUGCAAGUAGAGGGAAAUUCAAACAAAAUAACUCAAGAAGUCAAUGAAAACAAGAAAGAAAGUGUAUCUGUAAAUACAACAGCAACAUCAGAACAGAAUGUUAUUAUUAAAAAUCUGCGCGUUAUCAGUGAGACGAACCAGAAAGUCCUUGUGACCUGGAAAGCUUCAGAUUAUGGAAGUGGCACAGCCUUAAAUGCACUCUACUCAAAGUAUGGUGAUAAACGUGUGCAGAAAAUUAAUGUAGAUCCUAGCAAAAGCAAAAUCUCGAUAGGCGGACUGACGCCCAACACAAAAUAUACAGUCUGUAUAUGCCCAAAGGGAAUCCAACCUAAAAGAGAACAAUGCAUUGUUUUCUCAACAGAAGGAGAUAUCAGCACAGGUAGCCAUCAAUCCCUGCUGAUUAUUAUCGGUAUUAGUGUAGGGUGUGUUUCUGGAUUAGGAAUUGUUUUUGCACUGUGCUCUGUCAUCAUCAAAGGCCACUGCAAAAGGAAAGAACCAGCAGAACAAGAGCUAAUUAAAGAUUCUUACAUACAAUUUGAAACAGUAUCCCUCAAAGCAGAGCCAAAAAAGAGAGGGAAUGAACUGUGGACUCGGCGUGACACUGAAUCCCAAAGACUAUUGCUAUGCUCAAGAUCCAGCAUAGAUUCACAGAUAACCUUCAAAAGUGACAGUUCUAGGUCUGAGUACCUUUGCUAA